CCCUACCUAUUUGAUAAUGAUAUUUGUUUGUAUUGUAUCAAACAAAAUUUGUCACAGUCGUACGUUGACUGAAGUGUUUUAUUUAUAAAUUUAAUUUUAUGUAGUUUUACGAUAUAUUCAGUUUUUGAAUAGGUAUCUAAUCAAUUUUAUUAUUGUAAUCGUUGAACGUGGAAUGGAAAUAAUGGCGGAAGAACCAAAGUUAGUGAAUGAAGAUCAUUUGAAACAGCUAAAGGAAAGGAUGAGUUUGAUAGUGAGUGCAGAUCCAGAACAGUUCCAUAACGAGUUUUCACUACGAAGAUAUCUCAGGGCAUUCAAAACUGUUGACCAAGCAUUUCAGGCUAUUUUGAAAACAAACAAGUGGCGUGUUGAAUAUGGAGUGUCCGAGCUACACAAUGACAAAGAGCUAAUAGAGAAGUAUGCAGAUAAAGCAAGAGUAUUAAGACACAGAGACAUAAUUGGCCGGCCCAUCAUCUACAUUCCUGCUAAAAAUCACAGCUCUAGUGAUAGAAAUAUUGAUGAACUUACAAAAUUUAUUGUUUAUUGUUUGGAAGAUGCCAGCAAGAGAUGUUUUGAGGAAGUAGUUGACAAUUUGUGCAUUGUGUUUGAUUUAAAUAAAUUCACUCUUUCUUGCAUGGACUACCAAGUCCUGAAAAAUCUUAUUUGGCUCCUCAGCAGGCAUUAUCCAGAAAGGCUUGGUGUUUGUCUUAUCAUCAAUGCUCCAACUUUUUUCUCUGGAUGCUGGGCUGUGAUAAAAGGAUGGUUAGAUGAAAAUACAGCUGGUAAAGUUACCUUCGUUAAUUCUGAAAUGGAUCUAUGCCAGUACUUGAUACCGGACAUCCUGCCAACGGACAUGUAAAUAAUUUAAAAAAAUAAUGUAUUUAUUUAUUAUUAAGGACUAAACUUUUAAUGUAAAUGUAACUACGUAUGAAACAUUAUUUAGGGAACAGUUUUAUUGCUGUGGUUAGUCAGAAUAAACUAUGCUUUACAUAACAUUUACUCAAGAGUUACACAGCUGAACAAAAUCUGCUAUUAUAUUAUUGGAACUUCAAAAACUUUAUAAACAGGUUGAUAAUUUAUUUGUAAAUAUCCAUCAACCCUUAACAAGGAAUUUUUUUAAAUAUUUGGAAUUUUAUUAAUUCUCCUACUUGAUAACUUUCUAUAAGUAGCCCUUUAAAGAACUGUCAUAUGAAAGUGCUUAAUUUUUGUAAAUGACAUUUAUUUUAAAAAUGUAUAAUACUGUUGGCUCUUUCUACCCCACAAGGUAUAUAGACGUUAUUAUAUGUAAGUAUAAGACUAUGUUAGCACAGUUAUAUAUUAUAACUUAAAUAACUUCUACUCGACUAUAACUCGAACUCGUCUAUACUAACUUUUUUGCCAUAAAUGCAACAUUUAAUUUUGAGAUUAUUAUUUUAGUCAAAAUAGGUAUUUUUUAUGUAGGAAAAAAAAUUAUGAGUUUAAUAAAAAUAUACGUAGGUAAGCAUGUUUAAAAUUGGUCAUUCCAGCAGCCAACAUUCCACUGAUUUUAUUAAGAUGACUAAAGCAGAUUAUAAAAUGGUUCAACCAAACUAGUUGACAGUUUUUCAUCUGUUACCGAAAAUAUUUUGUUUAUUUUUAGAUUAAUGACUAUUUAAACUGCUUUAAGCCAUGGAUUCUACCAAAAUGUAUACCUUUGUACCUGUUGAAUAUUUAAUGAUUAAACCUUAUUACACAGGGUAUAUCUUAAUGUUUAGGUAAGUAAAUUUUGUUCUACAGUUUAUUAUUAAAUUUAAGUUUACGCAUCUUAAUAUAGAUUGCAUUGCAUUGCAUUUUCAUUCCUUACUUAGUACCUAGUCUGUUUUAUUAACAAUGUGUUCAUCUGCAAAAGUUGUUCUGAUUUAACUCUUAACAGAGUAAAUACAUAUUGCAUAGAUAAUAUAUUAUUUAAUUAAAAUGUAAACAUAUGUAGUAUAUAAGAAAAUAUAUAACAAUAGAUGUUAUGCAGCAA